UUUCAGUUCAGUGUCGUUUCGAGUAUUUUAUGAUUAUAAUUUGUCUAAAUACUAGAUUCGAAAGAUUUGUGUUCUUUGCAUGUGGUCAUAGUAAUUACCAGCUAAAUAUUGUAGCAAAACGUUCAUCAUACUAAUCUCUGAUGUGUUAAAAUAUCAUAAUCCUUCAAGUUGACCAAUUACAACUUUCACUUAUUACGACGACUAGACACCCAAAAACUCACAGAACUAUAUUUUAUUGCACGAAGCUCCGUCGAAAAAUCCAACGUCAAAAUGGUCAGAGUGUAUGCACUAGGAGUUCUCUAUAAAGGAGUUAACAGCGCAACUGUGCUGAAGGCAGCAUAUGAUUUGCAGAGCUUUAGUUUCUUUCAACGUUCAUCUGUACAAGAAUUUAUGGUGUUUGUGAGUAAAACUAUAGUGGAGAGAACACAACAAGCCACAAGACAAUCAGUCAAAGAAGGUGAAUACAUGUUACAAGUUUAUGUACGAGCAGAUAACCUGGCUGGGAUAUUAAUAUCGGACCACGAGUACCCCAAUAGGGUAGCUCACACUUUAAUAACUAAAAUUCUAGAUGAAUUUACUGCCAAAGUGCCAACAAAUUUAUGGGCUACUGGUAAUGAAACUACUAUAGACUUUCCUGUUCUACCUCAGUAUUUGGCCAAAUACCAGAAUCCAAGAGAAGCUGAUGCUCUAACAAAGAUACAAAAUGACCUUGACGAAACAAAGAUCAUAUUGCAUGAUACAAUUAAGGCUGUCCUUGAAAGAGGAGAGAAACUGGAUGAUUUAGUUGCUAAGUCUGAUAGUUUGACAAUGCAUAGUAAGGCAUUUUAUAAGACCGCUCGUAAAACUAACAGUUGCUGUAGUUUCUGAGGUACGUCAUAUUUAUUACAAAAAUGCUGUUAAUAGAAAUACCAGACCUGGAUAAUAAUAAAAUCACCUUGUUUCUAGUGUGUUAUGCUGAAAUAUUUUUAAGGAGAGUAGACUUCAAUAUACUUUGAUUAAAAUACCAAUCUUACUAAUGUUAUUAAUGUGAAAACUUAGUGUGGAUGUCUGUUAGUAGGUAACUUCAAAAUGGAUUAAUAGCUUGUAGUAAAAUUUGACAUAAAGAAAAAUUACCUGUCUGAAAUAGAGCAUCGGCUAUUAUUAUUUUUU